AUGUUCUGCGCUUUCUUCACUGCAGAGGUGCUGAUCCGCUUCUGCGCUUUCCGCACCUACCGAUACUGUAUGGUGGAUGCUUGGUUCCUGUUCGACUUGACCCUGGUCAUCUUCAUGGUGUUGGAGACCUGGGUCAUCUCUCUCAUCGAUCUUGCCUCAGGUGGAACCGGAGGCGGCGCUGGUAUACUCAACAACUUCAGCAGCCUCAGGCUACUCCGCCUGCUGCGCCUCACGCGCAUGGCUCGAUUGAUGCGCUUUUUCCCAGAGCUGAUGACGCUGGUGAAGGGUAUGGUUCGGGCCAUGCAGUCCGUCGUCUUCAUCCUCCUCUUCAUGGUCGUCGUGACUUAUGUCUUUGCGAUCGUGUUCACCACCCGAUUCGGCACCAUCGGCUUCUUCCCAAAGGAUGGGAACUCGACGCUGCCACAGCUUUUCCCAGACUUAGGCACAUCCAUGAUGACGCUUUUCCUCUAUGGGGUUCUGGCGGACAACUUGACGUACAUUUUGGGUGAGAUCCAGACGGAAGACCUGCUCAUGAUGUGGGCAUUCAUGGUGUUCAUGGUGAUCUCGGGCAUGACGCUGCUCAACAUGCUGAUCGGUGUGUUGUGCCAAGUGAUCGAGGACAGCUCAAGAGAGGAGGCGGAGAUGCGGCAACUCAACGAGCUGAAGGUAUGUCUCGUGGAGGCCUUCACCGCCCUGGACGAGUCCAACGAUGGGACCAUCUCGGAGGACGAGUGGGCGAAGAUCGCUACGAACAAGCGUGUCCAAGCGGCGCUGCUGAAGCUCGGGGUCGAAGAGAGCAUGAUGGAGGAGCGGCUCCGGCAGAUGCAGGAGAGCCUUUUCGGGCGACGGACCGGCCCUGGAGGGCAAGACCAGGAUGCCGGGGACGGCUUGUCUUUCGAUGAGUUUGUGGAGCAGGUGAUUGACCUACGCAUGGACACGCCAGCUGGCGCUCUCGACGUGGAGAUGCUGAAGGCCACCACCAGCUCCGAGCACAAGACACUCCGGCGGCGGCUGAUGUACGUCGAGUCGGAGCUACGAAAGAUGCUCGGGGUUCCAAAGACUGCAAAUCUCAAGACCUUGAGCAGCAUGCACAGCAUGGAGGAGCUGGUGAAUGUGGUGAGUUCUAAGCCCCGGGUCACAGAGUUCCAUGAAAACUGGGAGUUUCCCCGAUUUCUUGAACAGAGCUUUGGCCCCGAAGCCUGA